AAAGAAUAUAUAUAUAUAUAUAUAUAUAUAUAAGUGCACAAUCUCGUUGAAAUUUGAGAAACCCGCUCAAAGAUGAAGCGAAAAGCAAGGAAUUUAAGUGCAGAAAACGAUAGUGGUAGUGAAAACACCAAUGUUAAGAAGAACCAGAUUGAGGAAGUGAGAGAUGACGAAAAGAAGAAGAAAGUGAAAUUUGAAAAAUCCUUAAAUAAGAAGCCUGCAGAUAAAAGUGUAAAGAAGCCAUUUCCAAUUAAGAAGGAUUCAAAGGGGAAGAGUUCAAAAGCAACGAAGCAUAAGACUACAACUGAAAAGACAGAUUGGCUCAAGUUGAGAAAGGAGAAGAGAGAGUUGAGAAAGACACGCAAAGCCAAGAAAUUAAACGACGACAAACUAUAUAAAUUAGUUAUUCAAGCUAAGCAGAUCAAUGAGAAGCUACGGCGAUCCGACUGUACUGAGCAAGAUCGUAUCGAGUUAACACGAAAGUUACAUAAUUGUCUGGGAGGUCUCUACGGCAAGAUAAUAUUCACACACGACAUGUCGAGAGUAGUUCAAUGUAUGAUUAAGCAUUGCGAGGAUGACGUUCGACGAGCCAUAUUUCACGAGAUAAAACCGUCCAUCGUGGAAAUGUCGCAAACAAAAUACGCCAAGAGCUGUGUCAGAGCCAUUUUGAAGCACGGCUCGCAAGAAAUUAGAAACGAAGUUGUGUCCGCGUUUCACGGCCAUGUCGUCAAGUUAAUGAGCCACACAGUAUCAGCUCCCAUCAUCGAGAUCGUGUACUCCACUUGGUGCAAGGAUCACGACAAGAUAUGUUUCAAGCAAGAGUUCUACGGCGACAUGUACAAACAGGCAAAGGACAAAACCGUUAAAACAUUGUCCGACGUAUUCAAGACCGCGAAGGACAUGAAGUCAGCCACAUUGUCCGCCGUCAAAGCAAACCUGGUUAGAAUCUUGAACAAAGGCCUUGUUCAUUCGACUCUGCUGCACACCAUCCUAUGGGAAUAUUUCGGUGCGUGUUCGGCGGCGGAUAGAAGCGAAUUGAUCGCGAUGCUGCGCGACUCGGUUGUGGCGCUGAGUCGGACGAAAAUGGGGGCGAAGGUCGCGGUGCAGUGUAUAUGGCACGGUAACAACAAAGACAGGAAGAUCAUUCUGAAAGCUCUCAAGGAGAGCGUAAAGUCGGUCUGCACGUCCGAACACGGCUACGUAACGCUGCUGGCGCUCUUCGAUUCCAUAGACGAUACCGUUAUCGUAAAGAAGAUAAUACUGGCCGAAAUGCAGAAGGAACUGCUCGAUAUCGCGCUAAACGAGCACGGGAGGCACGUCAUAUUGUAUCUCGUGGCCAGGAGAGACUCCCAUUACUUUUCGCCGAAUGUUGUGGAAUAUUUGCGCCAGGGGGAUUGUAAUUCCACGAGCAAGAAGUCGGCCGACGUCCGGGAAAGGGAGCUGCUCGAGGCAAUCAGCGAUCCGCUUCUCCAUGCUGUAACGACGGACGCAGCUAUGUGGUUAUCCAACAGCGCCAUAGCCAUGGUUACCCUGGCGAUAUUGAAGGUGGGAUCCGGCGAGAAAUUGAACGCCGCAUUCAAGUCGAUCGCCAAGUUCAUCAGUGGAGCAGAUUCGAAGAUCAAACAAGGCGAUACCGAAUGUAACGCGGUCGAGCAUCCGGGUUUGCACAUGAUGUUGAAGAAACUUAUUCAAAACGAUCAAGAGCUGCUGAAGAGGGGUGUAUCUACGUUCGGAGAAACGCUGAUACCACAGCUAACCACGGGAGUCUUGGAAAAAUGGAUAAGAUUUAACAGGGCGUGUUUCUUGUUGGUCUUCCUCACAGAAAACGAGUCGAAGAAAAUGGUAUCUACGUUGCUCGCCAAAUUGAAACCAUUGGUGAAAAAGCUCAAAUCAAAGAAGAGCCCCGGAGCAUUGAUAUUGUUAGAAAAAGCAAAGCAAAAGGCUUAUAAAUCAUAAUUUAUGGUGUUAAUAAAAAUCUUUGUAAAACUUA